UGAUCUCCGUUGCCGCCGGCUCAAGCGACGCCUCUUGGUUCCUCUUCGACAGAUUAUACGAUGAAUAUUUCUUCUUCUACAACCUUUUCUUCGCUGACUUCCCAGGCGCUGCCACUUUCUACCACUCCUUCUUCUUCUUCUUCUUCUUCUUCUUCUUCUUUGUCUGACUUGGUACCUGGAAAUCCCGGGGCUAACGAAUCAAUGUCUUUUCCACCUAGCUCUAUUGACCCUGUGGUGUCAUCCAUAGUUCAUCAUAGUCCCGCCGCCGCUGACCUGCGGCCUCCUGGAACUGUAACUACUCAGCAAACGUAUCCUGGGUUUCCCUCUUUCCAAUCUCCUCCUAUGGCUGCUGUCGCAGCGGCUCCUCCGCCACCAGGUAUUUGGUUGCAGCCAAUGCAGCAACAAGUUCCUGACAUGAUGCGGCCACAACCACUGUUUCUGCCGUAUGCUCCGCCUGCCGUUAUGCACACUGGUCAUUUUCCUUUGCCAGGACCUGGAAACCCGAACUUAAACCCCUGCCCUUUUCCUGGCGUUUUACCAGUUCAAAGUAUGGGUGUGAAUCCUCAUAUGGUUCCUCCUCCUGCAACUCCGCCGACGGCUUCAGGCCAGCAGUUUGUGCGGCCUGCAGGGAUCCAGACGGGAUUAACUCCUCCAGGAAUUGAGAGCAAGAGCCAUUCCCUAGACCCUGACGUCAAGGGCAAUGCUACUGCUAAUGAAGCAUCAGAUGUUUGGACUGCCCACAAGACUGACACCGGAAUUAUGUACUAUUACAAUGCUGUGUCAAGAGUAUCCACUUACGAAAAACCUCCUGGUUUUAAAUCAGAGCCAGAGCGAGUUGUGGGUCAGCCACUUCCGGUAUCAAUGGAAAAUUUAGCUGGAACACAUUGGGCCUUGGUCACCACAAAUGAUGGAAAGAAGUAUUACUACAACAACAUAACAAAGGUAAGCAGUUGGCAGGUCCCAAACGAGGUGAUUGAAUUGAGAAAGAAGCAGGAUGAUGUCUUAAACGAACACGCAACGUCAGCCCCGCAGGCUAAUGUCUCCUCUGAUACAGGAUCUACUAGAGUCAGUUUAAGUACUCCGGCAAUUAACACUGAUGGUUGUGAUGCCAUAGCUUUGAGAGGCCCAACUGCCCCAGCCACAUCAUCUGCAUUGGAUCUGAUAAAAAAGAAGCUGCAAGACUCGGGAUCUCCGGUAACUUCAUCCCUUGCUCCAGUUUCAUCAAGAGUAACAACAUCUGAAUCUAAUGGUUCAAAAGCUGUUGAAGCUGCUACAGCUAAGGGCAUGCUGAGUGGAAGUAGCAAAGAGAAACUUAAAGAUAUGAACGGGGAUGAUAACAUGUUAGAUUCGUCCUCAGAUUCAGAGGAAGACAAUGGGCCAACAAAGGAGGAGUGCAUUGUACAAUUCAAGGAGAUGCUCAAGGAAAGAGGGGUGGCACCAUUCUCAAAAUGGGAGAAGGAGCUGCCAAAGAUUGUGUUUGAUCCACGUUUUAAGGCUAUACCAAGUCAUUCUGGUCGGAGGUCCUUGUUUGAGCACUAUGUGAAAACACGCGCCGAGGAGGAGCGCAAGGAGAAACGUGCUGCUCAGAAGGCUGCAGUAGAGGGAUUUAAGCAGUUACUAGAAGAAGCAUCAAAGGACAUUGAUCAGUAUACUGACUAUCAAACUUUCCGAAAGAAGUGGGGAAAUGACCCAAGGUUUGAAGCCCUAGACCGCAAAGACAGAGAGCAUUUGUUGAAUGAAAGGUAUCAUUUGCUGACAGCUUCGAUCUUUAUAUAGCCAGUCGGCCUCCAAUGAUUAUGUUUAUUAAUUGGAUGCUCACUUAUUAGGUAUAAAGAUUAAAUCUUUAGGUUCCGUCUUUGUUUUCUACAUCGGAGGCUGCCAUAAUUUCUGUUUCAUUGGAAACUAUAUUCCGAGGGGUCAUUUGGAAGUUUAAAUUGUAAAAUCAAUGCUCUCAUCUGAACCUUGUUUCACACUUAUUAUUGGCUAUCAUCUUCUUUAAAGGGGUGUUUAUCCCAUGGGAAAGGAAACCUACUAAUAGUUUUAAGUCUUAUGUCCCUUUUCUAUGCUUGCCAUGUUCCUGUUUCAUUUUUAAAACCUGUUUACUGUCUAGUGCAUAUGCAACGUUUCUUUCAGAAGCUUAAUGAAGUCCGUGUUUUGGGAAAUUUGCUUCUUUUCUUACAUAAACCAUUACCCAGGACAGAGAAUAGAUUCUGUUCAUGGAAGCAACACGUGUGAGCAUAUGCUAGAGACCUGCUUAUUGUGUUGAAUUUGGCAUUGUCCUUUUCCUUUAAUCUAUUUGCUUUGCAUGGUAAAUUAUCUUCUUAUUGGAUUCACUGCUCCACUUUCCCUAUUUCCUUUCUUGGUAGUAGAGGUCAACACUGUUUACCAUUUAUGUAAUAGGAUCCUUAGCUUGAGGAAGGCAGCAAGAGAAAAAGCUCAGGCUGAGCUUUCGGCAGUUGCUGUUGUUUUCAAGUCUAUGCUCCGAGAAAGAGGAGAUAUAACCGUGCAUUCACGUUGGUCCAGGGUAUGUUAUAAUUGUGAUUCUGAUUCUUAAGCAUAUGUGAAUAAAAAAGAGAAGUAAGUUUAUUAUGAGGGUGAUUCUUCUACGUGUAGAUGGGAUAACUUCAGCAUUAGUCUUUUAGUUAAGGAGAAGACUCUUGCUUAUUCGUGCAAUCCAAUUAAUAUUUCUGCUGAAAGAAGGGCUUUGUACUUCUUUAAAUAAACUGGUGCAAUCAGAUGAGAGAAAAAUUUAAUGAUGUUUGCCGAUAGAUUUAAAAUUUUGGUCUCUAUUGCUUAAGAUAUUUAGAAAAGCCCCCAUGUCUCAGCUGACUAUUAAUGUAAACUCUCAGAAGUCGGUUGAAAUAAAUGUCUCUUGAAUCUUGAUUAUUUGCAGACUUGCUUUAGUAAGUUAGACCUGCACCUGAAGCAACGAUGAUAGUGAAACCCUUUAUUCUUAGUUAAGAUCUUAUACAUGCGGGUAUUGUACAAAUGCCAAACAUCAACUGUCGCUUUUUUGCCGUUUGCAGGUUAAGGACAGUUUAAGGGAUGAUCUCAGGUACACGACUGUAAAGCAUGAGGAUCGAGAGGCUUUAUUCAAUGAGUAUUUAUCUGACCUAAAAGCAGCAGAUAAGGAAGCUGGGCGUGGAAUAAAAUCCAAGAGGGAAGAGCAGGUAAUAGUCAUAAGCUCAUCCACAACCUUGUCCCAAUUUCUUUGAUGUGCUUUCCCUAGCGGGGAUUAAGAUAGUAUGAUAGAUAGACAUUAGGAUGCCACAGUUUGAAUGCUGAAGUAUGACAGCAUUUCAGCAGUGUAUAUAGCCAUUUAAUGGCAGCUGCUAUCAUCCGCUUCGAAAGGUUCUGUUUAUUAAUGGAUAGGAAUUUGCUUUUAAAUGUCAUUCAGCAAAUAACCGAAAGACCAUGUUAGAUGGGGCAAUGGCAUACAUACUUCUGUGAUGGUAUGCAUUCUCUUUAGACUGCAAUAAAGAUUUGGGGUAUUUUUAUUUGCUCAAGUUUUGAAAACUUGAUAGUGUUGAAUUUGGUGUCACUACACACUAGUGGCUACCUUUUCACUCAUCGUAUAGGUAACUGCCUUAAAUUUUUUCUUCGUUGAAUAACAGCCUUACAAAUCCACUUUUCAUUUGAGUCAUUUUUCAGGAGAGACUGAAAGAAAGGGAGCGGGAGUUGCGAAAACGAAAAGAAAGAGAGGAAAAAGAAAUGGAGAGGGUGCGACAAAAAGUUAGGAGGAAGGAAGCAACAUCGUCUUUUCAGGCUUUGCUUGUGGAAACAAUCAAGGACCCACAGGUAUAUUUGAUCGCAAUGGUGGUUGUAUGAUGUUUAUGUAAAUAUAUCAAUAGUUCUGCUUUUGUAGUUUGUCCAGCUGCCAGUAAAUUUCUUAUGGAUGGUCUGAAAUGACAUUAAUAGUUCCCUCUGCCUCAUAAUCCCUAGUAUUUGAAGCCUCCUAAAGUUUCACAGUUGUAUGACAAGUUUGCUAUCAACGAGAAUAUAUAUCCUUGCUUGGCACUUUCGAACCCCCCCUGGGUUGUUGUGGGAAUGCAGCUUUACAGAUGGGAGAGCAACUUUACCUAUUGGGAGAGGGACAGAGCAGUAGAAUUAGCUAGGUUGAUUUGUCUGACUGGGGUUGUUUUGCGGAACCCAUAAAAUAAUUUCAUUUCUUCCAC